UUUUAAUUAACAUUUAAUUUAGACCAAACUAAAUAUUUAAGUAAACAUUGACAUAAUUGAACAAAGUUGCUUGCAAUUUAUAAUAUUUCAUUGCAUUGAAACCAAAAUUGAUCAAAGAUUGAGGAUGCUGAUUUUUCUAAUGCCGUCAAUUGUUCUAACCCUAGAAAUACUAAAAUUAAAAGCAACUUAUGUGAAAUCUUUAAUUUUUAAUUCACUUAUUCAAACGUAUGGUGAAAAUAUAACAGUCGCAGCCAGCCUCCUUUGCUCCUUUGCAUUGCUGGUCGUUGUUCAAAAGAAGUUGUUUUUCUUUUCUAGUAAACCUCGGCAUCAUUACAUCAGCCUAGAGUCAGCUAAUUGCGCAUUCGGAAAAAGUCUAUGUUUGCGCAAAUACAAAUUAAUAUAUGUUAAUGCAUGGUAAAGAGACAAUAUCCAGUUUAUUGACCGAGGUCUUGAGGGGCUUCCCGAGAUAAUUAGCCGAGGCUAAUUACAUUUACGUUGAGCACGGAUCCAAAAAUCAUAAUGGUGGACUAAGUGAUUUACGGCAUCCAAACAAAAAGUCGCAGGGUAAAUUAUAGUGAAGCUCCAACGUGACUCUGUAAGGUAAUAGCAUUUUGUGGUUUGUGGUUUAUCAGAUACGCUAAUGAAGAAGCUGGUGACCAUUGCCACGUAAAGAUUUUGGAUCUCUACAUCUAAGUAAGUUGCCAGCAGGAUUUUCUCGAGAAGCCUUCUAUUUUAAACGUUUGUUAUCUACACCUUCAUUUGGUCCUUGGUAUUCAAAGUAAGUAAUCGGUCAUAACACGUUGGCUACAAUGAUGAAAGUGAUGACAGCUGAAUCUGAACUUCCAGUUGGAACCAACCACGCUCUUCGAGCUACUAGUGCGACAAGGCUGUUUCAAGCGGGAGUUUCUGAACAUGUCAUUGAAGGCGGAACCGGCCACAAAACCCUGCAAGCACCGAGACAAUACCAAGAGCCAUCUGAAUUGCAGCAAAUGGCAGCGUGCAAAGUUUUGGAUAAUGGCCAUGCACACAGAGAUUACGCUGACGCAAAAGUCAAGGAGUCUGGAGAGACAAGGGAACAGGCCGAUGAGCUGAAAGUAGUCCAAGUUGAACAGCCGUCUGAAACGGGAAGAGAGAAUCCGGCGCCAUUUGUUAUUUCUGACUGCGUCGUUACAAACUGUAGUACUGUGAACAUUAUUAUUGGUAAAGAAUAAGCUUGCAAUCUAAAAUAGGUAUGCCCAUGUAUUGAUUGCUAGUUGGUUUUGGUUUUUGCUAUUUUUUGGUUAAGUUAGUUGUGUUUUAUGUCAGUAAGCAGUAUACAGAUAUUGACAGGUCAAUAAACGUUUAUUGACCGGUAAAUAUACAA